ACUUUAUAAUAUCUAUCAUGCCAACUGCAAUUCAGCUUUCAUUCGUACUCGUAUUCUUUUCAUGCCUAUUCAGCACAGUCUCGCUGUUGCAUAUUGAUGUUGCACCUCAUUCAAAGGAUUGCUUCUAUGAAGAUCUCAAUGAGGGUGACAAAAUGACCGUGUCUUUUCAGGUUGGCGAAGGUGGAAAUCUUGACAUUGACUUUUGGAUUCUAGAUCCCAGAGGCACUACAAUCAAGCGUAGUGAAGGAGAUGCCAAAGGAAACCAUGUGAUUACUGCCUUGUCUACUGGAAGAUACACAUAUUGCUUCAACAAUGGAAUGUCUGGCAAGGCUGCAAAGGCAAUUGAUUUCAAUGUUUAUGAUAUGGAGAAAGUCAGUUCUUCUGCUGCAGAACACAUUGAUCCCAUUGCACGUGAAAUAAGGGAAUUGGCCGAGAGUAUUCAUGCUAUCAAGGUUGAGCAAGAAUAUAUUGUGGCCCGUGAGAGACAGCAUCGAGACACUGCAGAAAGUACAAAUGCACGUGUAAAAUGGUGGUCCCUUGGACAGUUGGGCCUAUUGAUGUCAGUGUGUGUCUGGCAGGUUCUUUACCUCAAGCGAUUCUUUGAAGUCAAGAGAGUCGUCUAAGUAUAUAUAUAUAUAUAUGUAACGAAGAACUAAAGCAUAUACACCAAAGAAUAAAUAAAAAAAAAAGAGUGAAAAAAAAAACUCUUUUAUUAUU